AUGGCUUCUUUCUCUAUUACGAUAGCUUUGUCUGUCCUUUUCCUUCUUCUCAUCAAAUAUUAUGUACUCGAUCCCCUCGUUUUUACCCCCCUGAGUCGCGUGCCAGGCCCAACAGCCUUCGCCCUCUCAAAGUGGCGACUUGGCUACGAGGACUGGAAAGGAACUCGCACGCCUACAAUCCAACACCUGCACUCGAAAUACGGCCCGGCAGUCCGCAUAGGUCCGAAUGAGGUUUCAUUCAACAGCUUGACUGCACUCAAGACAAUCUAUGGCCCUGGGAGCCGAUACGGCAGGACCGCCUUUUACCGCAUGUUUGAUGUGUAUGGCGAGCAGAACUUGUUCAGCUUUCACUCAGUGGAAGAGCAUGGCAGCCGAAAAAAGCUCCUGUCUCACGCCUACGCGAAAUCAACUGUACUCAAGGCGCCAACAACACAGUUGUUCGAGGAAAAGACGCGACAGUACAUGGAACUCAUCAGUGGCGAGCCAAACCACAUCAGCGAUGUGUUCCAUACACUGCACUACUACUCCCUUGACAACAUCACCUCUUUUAUUUACGGAAAACAUGGCUCGACAUCUGCCCUGCAAGGAUCAGAGGCGGACCGAGCUCUGAUCUCUGAUAUUAUGCAUCCCUCUCGCCGCAUGUUGUCCUGGUGCUUGGUGCACAUGCCGUCCAUCACGAAAUGGAUGUACGCUCGCACGGGAUUUAUGCGCCAACUGAUGAAACCACUUCUUCCAAUGCAGCUGCCAACUACGUAUACCGGCAUUCGGAAGUUCGCAUUGCAGGCAUUCGAGAAUUUCCAGUCGGACUCUGAGAAGACAAACGGAAAUGAAAGAUCUAUCCUCGCCCAUCUCUGGCAACACCAUCAAACGCAAAAGACGAAUGGGUUGAAUGAUAUGCAGACGGCAUCCGAGUGCGCAGAUCAUUUUCUUGCUGGAAUCGACACCACCAGUGAUACGCUCAUGUUUCUCCUCUGGUCACUCUCUUUGCCUGAGAAUCAACGAUUUCAAGACAAAUUGAGAGAUGAGCUACUCGGACUCCCCGCAGAGGCACUGAACCAGCAUGGCUAUCCUAAAGCUGAAGAAAGUGAUCGAUGCACAUAUCUCCACGCCAUCAUCAAGGAGACCCUGAGACUUUACGCACCACUGCCAAGCUCUGAGCCACGUUCAGUCAACGCUGCAUCCGUGGUUGAUGGCUAUCACAUCCCGGCUGACACCGUUGUCAGUAUCUCACCAUGGAUUCUGCAUCGUAAUCCCAAAGUUUUCAAAGACCCUUUGGAAUUUAACCCCGAACGCUGGCUUGGACCUGAUGCUACUGAGCUAAACCGUUGGUUUUGGGCCUUUUCGAGUGGCGGUCGCAUGUGCAUUGGCAUGCACUUGGCAAUGGCCGAAAUGACGACGCUCAUUGCCACACUCUACCGAGAGUAUCAGACAUCGAUUGCUCCGGGAUUUGAGAAUACUACACCUGGCAUCACCGCUCGGGUUGAGGUUUUCUACGAUGAGCGAUUCCCUAAGCUACAGGUAAACUCGAAUUUAUUCGCUUCAUGA